ACUCUGACUUCAGUACUUAGUGCAUAGUACUUUGAAGAGUUUGACAUUUCAAAUAGGUAAACAAUAAUAACAAAAUUGACACUAGAAAAUUAAGGCAUUUGUAUAAUAAAAGUUCACCAGGCAAAAAGUAGUAAGUAAAAUUGUUUGAUUACGAAUCGAAGCAGUUAUGAAUGCAGUUCAUCAAUGCCUAUUUUGUCCGCAAACAUUCGGCACCGCGGCCGAAAAAGACGAUCAUGUUUUGGAGCAUUUUGCACAAGAAACUUGCGCCGAAUGUGACCAAAAUUUAAUACGAAUUGGCAGUAAUUUGUAUACUCUUCACAGUGCCGUAACAUGCAUUAAGACUGAAUUGAAAAUUGAACCACGCACUGCAACCCCAUUGCCGUCUGUCAAUUAUUCGGGAUACAAAACUGAGACCGAAGAUGAUGUAACCACCGCUGCAAGUGAUAAUGAAGACUGGUCAACGACCUUUUCUAUGAUUAAAGAAUCGAUUUGUACCGAUGAGUUACAAGUAAAAGUGGAACCAAACAAUGAAUAUGAGCAACAGAAUGUAACAAAUGAUUGUGAUUGGGAAAUUGAAAUCAAACCAAGGCAUCUGAUUGAAGUCGUUGGUGAAUAUGAACAUGGUUUCGAAAGCACACAAUCGGACUCAGAAAUAAAACCCCAGAACGAGGAACAGUCAAUAAAUAGUAUCGAAGAAAAUAAACGUAAUCGCAAGAGUAGCUGUGAAAUUUGCGGAAAAAUAUUAUUGACCACAUCUCUAGUACUUCACAAAAAGACUCAACAUGCUCCUCCGGGUUCAUAUAUUUGUCGAAUUUGUUACAAAGAAUUACCGAACGAGCAAGAAUUGUCGAAACACCAUGCUGAUUGUCUGAGCAAGACGAGAAAAAAGGUUCGAUGUAAUGAUUGCGGCAAAAUGUUUAAUAAAUCAACAAUUGCACGACAUAAGCGAGCAUUUCAUUCGCCUGAAGGAACACCUGUCUGUAAACGAUGUGGUAAAAUAUUUUCCAACGAAGGGGAGUUGUCGCUGCAUCGAUCUGUAUGUCUGUUGAAACGAAAGCCAAUCGAAAAAGGUCACUUCGAAUGUGAUAUUUGUAAAAAAGUGUUGUCAUCAAAAAAAUGCGUUAAACAGCACAUAAAUUUUAUGCAUAAUCCAGAAUAUCAGAAAAAGACUCAAAUUCCUUGCAAUAUUUGUGGCAAAAUAAUGGGAAGUGAUGCAAUUUAUCGACAUAGGGCAGUUUUUCAUUCUGAUGCAUCAACAUACGUUUGUAAACUUUGUGGUAAAAAAUCUCCAAAUGAAGCGGCAUUAUUGUCCCAUAAAACCGAGUGUCUUAAAAAAGCCAGUAGAAAAAUUCCCUGUAAUAUUUGUGGAAAGGUUUUAAACAAAUCAACAAUGGCCCGACAUAAAGUGAUCAAUCAUAGUGGUGCUGAAGCGUUCGUUUGUAAAUUAUGUGCGAAGAUAUUUCCGAACGACGAAGAACUCCAAAACCAUAAACCAAUAUGUCCAACGCGACAAAGACAACUUACCAAAUUUCCGUGUGAUAUCUGUGGAAAACUAUUGGUAAUCACGGCGAUUCCAACACAUAAGCGUGUUAAGCAUAGCGAGUCUGGUACACCGGUUUGUAAAAUGUGCAGCAAAAUAUGUGCCAAUGAGGAGGAAUUGGCAACGCAUAAACAGCAAUGUUGGGAGAAAAGAAAGAAUAAAGGAUGGCGUAAAAAGGGAGAGUUUGAAUGUGAAUUUUGUAAGAAAAUUUUCUGCCAUAAACAUUCGCUCCAUAAUCAUCUUAAAGCGUUUCACAAUUACAACUCUAAAACAAAACAAAACACGUGAAUCAAAUUACAUACAACAAUUAUUGCCAAACUAUUGUAACAUAGUUAAAUUAAAUGAAAAAAAAAA